AUGGAGACGAUUAAGAACGACGUCAAAACCACGACAGGGUCAGACUCACAUUUCGAGCCAGGUCACAAAGUCCCCAUUCAACACCAAGACCCACCCGGAUUGCAAUCUGACCUGGGCCCAAAGCCUGUCUCGUCCAAAUUGCCUUCUGAAGAUGGCGGUUAUCAGCAUUACAAAGCAGCUGGUAAGUUGGAGGGUAAAAAGGCGAUCAUCACUGGCGGAGACUCUGGAAUUGGUCGUGCUAUCGCUAUUCUGUUUGCCAUGGAGGGUGCCGAUAGCCUGAUUGUCUACCUGCCACAGGAGGAGAGCGAUGCCCUGGAGACGCAGAAGCAGGUUGAGCAAUGGGGUAAGAAGUGCAGUCUGCUGGCCAUGGACAUCACCAGCAAGGAGAACUGCCAGAAGGUCAUCAACACUGCUCUUUCUCAGUUGGGAGGCAUCAAUACCUUGGUCAACAAUGCCGCCUUUCAGAUGAUGCAAAAGAGUAUUCACGACAUCACCGACGAACAGUGGCACAAGACUUUCGACACUAAUAUUCACCCGUUCUACUACCUUUCAAAGAUGGCGCUGCCUCAUAUGAAGUCUGGGGACACGAUCAUCAACAAUGCAUCAAUCAACGCUUACAUUGGUCGUCCCGACCUGCUUGACUACACAACCACCAAGGGGGCCAUUGUGGCAUUCACCCGGGGUCUUUCGAACCAGUUCUGCAGCAAGGGUAUUAGAGUCAACGCUGUCUGCCCCGGACCUGUUUGGACGCCACUGAUUGCAGCAACCAUGGAUGACGAGGCACAGGACUCGUUCACCUCUCCAAUGGGCAGACCGGGUCAACCGAGUGAGAUUGCGACCUGCUUCGUCUUCUUGGCGAGUCAGGAUAGCAGCUUCAUAUCUGGCCAAUGCUUGCAUCCAAAUGGAGGUACUGUCGUGAAUGGAUAG